UUUCGUUUGUAGUGAAAUCGUCAGUCUCUCUGCCUCACUGCAGCAGAAAUGGCAGAAGCAAAUAUUCUGGUAGCAGAGCAGCAGUUGUUGUGUGCAGUGUGUCUGGAGAUACUGAAGGACCCGGUCGCUAUUCCAUGUGGACACAGUUACUGUAUGGGGUGUAUUAAGAACUGCUGGGAUCGGACUGAACAUAGACGUUUCUACAGCUGCCCCCAGUGCAGAAAGACCUUUACCCGAAGGCCUGUUCUGCACAGAAACACCAUCCUGGCUGAAAUUGCUGGAGAAUUCAAGAAGAGAAGGCUCAAUCCUCCUCCUGCUCAAAGUUAUGCUGGACCUGGAGAUGUGCCGUGUGAUUUCUGCACUGGGAGAAAGUUUAAAGCUGUGAAAUCCUGUUUGACAUGCCUGGCCUCUUAUUGUGAAACACAUGUCAAGCCACACUAUGAGGGUGUUGCUUUCAAGAGGCACAAACUGGUCAACGCUAUUGAAAAUCUGGAGCAGAAGCUUUGUGCUGAACACCAGAAGGUUUUUGAGGUCUUUUGUAGAACCGAUCAGACGUGUAUUUGCUGGUUGUGUGCAGACAAGGAACACAAGAGCCAUGAUACAGUCUCAGCUGAGACAGAAAGGACUGGGAAACAGAAGCAGCUGGGAGAGACACAGACACAAAUACAACAGAGAAUCCAGGAGAGACUGAAAGACGUGGAUGAGCUGAAACAGGCUGUGAAGUCACUGAAAAGAUCUGCACAGAGGGAAAUAAAGGAAAGUGAGACGAUCUUUACUGAGCUGAUCCGAUCCAUUGAGAAGAUCCACACUGAGGUUACUGAGCUGAUUGGAGCUAACGAGAAGGCUGCAGUGAAUCAGGCUGAAGGACGCAUGAAGAAACUGGAGCAGGAGAUUGCUGAGCUAAGGAGGAGAAACGCUGAGCUGAAACAGCUUUCAGAGACAGAGGAUCACAUCCAUUUUCUACAGAAUUUCCAGUCUCUCUGUGCCCCUCCUGAAGCUGGAGACUUACCCAGCAUUACUGUCAAUACAGACAUCUCUUUUGGGGCUGUGAGGAAAGCUGUAUCUGUACUUAAAGACCAUAUUGAGAACUUCUGCAAGGGGGAAUUAGUCAAAAUAACCACAACAGUGAAUGAAGUUGCAGUUUAUAGUCUGCAGGCUCCAGAGCCAAGGAACAGAGCUGAAUUUUUAAAAUAUUCCUGUCAGCUCACACUGGACCCCAACACAGCGCAUAGAGAGCUCUGUCUGUCUGAAGGGAACAGAAAGGCGACAUGGGGAGAGACCCAGAGAUGUUCUGAUCACCCAGAGAGAUUUGAUUACUAUCUCCAGGUGCUUUGCAGAGAGGGUUUGUCUGGGACUCACAGUUACUGGGAGAUUGAGUGGAGUGGGGGAGGGGCUUAUAUAGGAGUUGCAUAUAAAGGAAUCAGCAGGAAAGGAGUGGAUCUUUCCUGUGUCCUUGGAUACAAUGACAAGUCCUGGAGUUUGUUCUGCUCUGGUUCCAGUUACACUGCCCGGCACAAUAACAAUGAAACUGCAAUAACUGCCCCCCGCUCCCCCAGAAUAGGAGUGUAUCUGAACUUUAAUGCCGGCACUCUGUCAUUUUAUGGCGUCUCUGACACAAUGACCCUCCUGCACAGAUUCCAAACCACAUUCACUGAGCCGAUCUAUCCUGCGGUUUAUAUUUAUUCUGGUUCCCCUGUAACAAUCUGCCAGCUGAACUAGACAGUUUUGUGUUGUAAGAAACCCUUUGUAUUAAACUCCCUGUCUGUCCUCUCCACUCUUCGGGUGGAGGGAAUUUUCAAUCUGACAAAACUUUGGAUGAAAGUUAGGGGGUAAAACGGCACCACCAGCAGAGUGAAACGAGGUGAAUUAUUUGUUUUUACACUUGGGGCCAAGGCAGCCUCAUUUUUACAGUUUAAUCUCUUUCAGGUUAGUGUUUUUGUAAUUGUAAACACUCACAACUGUACAGCUGUUUCAGCAUAAAAUGUUCAAUAUGUCCUGAGUAUUUAUUGAUUACAAACACAUAAAUAGCAGCAAGUGGCAGACUUAGUUGGCAUCUCUGCACAGUGCUAGAAUUCCCACAGCAAAUUAUUAUUAUUAUUAAUUAUUUAUUAGUAGACACCCUUAUCCAGGGCGAGUUACAAUUGUUAAAAGAUAUCACGUUAUUUUUUACAUACAAUUACCCAUUUAUACAGUUGGGUUUUUACUGGAGCAAUCUAGGUAAAGUACCUUGCUCAAGGGUACAGCAGCAGUGUCCCCUACCAGGGAUUGGACCCACGACCCUCCGGUCAAGAGUCCAGAGCCCUGACCACUACUCCACACAAAUACUGAUAAGUAUCUCUUAAGGUGAUUGUAUCUAAAUAAAUAAUUCCACAAUGUGUUCCUAUAUUGCACUUCCAUUGGCUACAUAGGUCUGAAAUGUGCAGGUUUGAAAAACAUGAUGGGCAAGAUUCUCAAAAAGUCAUGUUCUUGUUUCUAAUUGGAUUUUGUCUAUCAAAUGGAUAUUUAUAGGUAUUUAUAGUAUCUAGCUGAACCAUUUGGGAUUCAGAUCCGACAAAUCUAUAUACAAUGGGGCUUCAUACAUACCUUUAUACAGCAAUCAAUAUGUAAAAUGUGCCUUUUCCUUGUGUUAUUAUUAAUAUAUUUUUGUAAAUUAUUUAAUUGGCUUUCUGGAAACGUUUGGAUAAUUACUCUAACAAACACUUAAUUAGAUGCAUUUGGUCUACUCGUUAGGCAGUUCAACAUGUCUAUAGUAUUUGUAUUGCUUAUUUUAACAAUAAUGUGAGUGAAAUAUCAUCACAAGAAAGAAGACAUUUCUCAUAAAUGACAUGACUGAGAUUCCUUCCUGUAUUUUUACACAGGGUGUUAAACGUUAUUUCAUUCACUAUCAUGCAUUUUAUUGAACUCGUUUCCUACAUAUUUCUACUCUGUUAUAAUCCACUCUCCCCAUUAUAUUCUUAAAUUACAUUGAAUUUUCCUUGCUUUAUCUACCACUUGAGGAGUAAUAAAUACUGACGACUGCAACUUUAUUUCCAAGAAGAAACCCACUUUCCAAUGAAUUCAAACCAGCACGGCAGUCUGAAUAAACCCUGAUUGAGAUUGGUGACAGUGAUCCUGUUAUCCUAUCUGCGAUCUGACAGGAGACUGAUAUUAAUAGACGUGUUGUUUCUAAUCACACAGUACAUGAUUGCUGUCUGCUUGUGUCUGGUUUCUGUUCUCCACUAGAUGUCACUGUUUCCUCUGUUUUCUUCAUAUCCACAUUCAGGAGUGUUUGAAAUGAAUAUAGAUUGGUGGAUGACCAAAGGAAUGAAAUAGGGGAGGUGGGGGUGGAAAGUAAACUUGAACUGUUAUUAUAUCAUUAGAAAUAUAACAAUAUGUUUUAAAUAUAUAUUGAUAACUUGAUUUAACAAUAAUAAAAUAAAUAAAUAACUCAAAUCA